AUGACCAAGACGAGCCUGGCUCGAGAAUUGCGCGAUCAUCUGAACUCCGCACCGCCUCCCGAUAGCCAAGCACCGCUGGAUGUUACGGGCAGUGUCACGGCGGUUGAACUUGAUGGCAGUGAUCGACCGAGCGAGGAGGAGGAAACGCUGCCUCUCUUUGAUCACAGUGACAUCUUUAUGCCGACGCCAGUUGUGCCACCAAGGUCGCCCAGGCGAUCCGAGACGCCAUCGCCACCUGCUGACGAGGGUCGACGGACGAGUCAUCAACCUCAGUCGACUGCUCGGAGCCAGUUUCUCUCUCCGACGGAAGCUGCUGAAUCGAGCCUGGAGACGCAACAGCAAAAACCGUCGAGACAUAAAUCUGCACCACUUGGAAAUCGUUCCCGGCUUCCGCAAGCACAACCGGCACAACAAUCCGUCACAUCCUGGGCCGCAGCUGCUUUGAUCGAGCAGCCCAACGAGCCUCAAGAGCCAAAGUCGCUAUCGGCCCGCACAUGGACAGAGUCCGCAGCACCAGAGGAGCCUACAUACAGUCGGGGCCAUGCCCCUGCGGAGCCCACGUACAAACAGACGCCAACACUUUCUACUCUGUAUAGAGAAAGCCCAGCAAUCACACAAACGGCAUCCCAGGACUUCGCGUCUGUGUCUAGAUACAGCAGAGAUUCGGCGCGCGUAGCAGGGCACGAUCGCGCGCCAGCACCAGCGAAGGGAACCUCCCAACCCAAGAGCCAAUACUACCCGCUAGCGGCAAGAGAUAGCCGCGCUGAAGAGCCACUGGAGAACACGUACGAACAGGCUCAAGCAUUUUCGCAGCUAGACAGCCAGGAAUCUGCACCUGCAUCCAGAUACAAUCAACCCCAGGAGGCGUCGUACCACCGAGCUAAAGCACCAGUGGAGUCUGUUUACAGCCAAUGCGCUGCGCCCGCCCAGACAGAAACUCUGGACUUCGCAUCUGCAAGCAAAUAUAAGCGCGAACACAAGCCCACCGUCACAUCUGACCGCGUCCCAGCUCAAGUUUUUGCUAUACCACCUGCUGUUGGUCCCGCUCUCGGCCAGGCCGAACAACCCGAUUGUCUUCGCAUCCGAAGAUACGGCAUACGUUAUGCCCUUGGUCGCAAUUGCCGUUUCCUGCAAGGACCCGGGAUGGAUCCGAACUCUGUACGGAGACUCGCGCAAGCUCGCAAAGCUGGCAAAGAGCUAAGUGAGGUCCUCGUGAAUUAUAGGCGAGAUGGCAGUCCGUUCAUGGACUUACUGAUGAUUGCGCCGCUUAUGGACAGCCGGGGAAACAUAAGAUAUUACAUCGGUGCGCAAGUGGACGUGUCCGGCCUGAUUAAGGACUGUAGCGGUCUCGACGGUCUCCUUAGGGUGGUGGAGGAAGAGCAGGAUUCGGAAGGCUCUGCGUACAUAAAGGAGGAGAGCAGGAAGGAUGAGUUCCAGGAGCUGAGCGAGAUGUUCGAUAGUGCGGAGCUCGAAAGGGUGCGGAGACAUGGUGGUAGCAUGCACAAGGAGUACGUGGACGAGAAUGAUGCGGAAAGCACGAGCCACGGUAGAAGGAGGAGGAGACUACUGCUGAACGACCCGAGCCAAAAUGCGCUGGACGCGGGACAGAGAGAUGGUGGGGCAAGCAGUAUCGGCAGCACGGUUAAGGAGGCUCUGAACGGGAAGUUGGACGGGGUCUAUCAGCACGUGAGCACGGCCCGUCACCACAUGCAAUGUCCGAUUGAGCUGACAUCAUGUAGUACCUCCUUGUGCGCCCAGCACCUUCUCACCGCAUCCUCUUCACCUCCCCUUCCCUUCGCGUGCCUGGUAUCCUCCAAUGACCCUUCCACAACCACAUCGGCGAUUCCUCGCAUGUGCGCUCUGACCUCGCAGGCGUGCUUGCAGAAGGCCGCAGCGUGA